CCCACGGUAUGUAGUCAUAUACACAGGCCCAUCUAUCACCCACGAGCACACGCGCAGUCAACGGCUAAUACAGAUCGAUAUCAGGACAAGAUACCUACGGCGGAACCGCACACUGCGCAGCAGCUGCUGCUGCUGCUCCGUUGCCCAGCUCCCCGCGGGCAGCACGCCACUCCACCGAUCCCGUGGUUCGCCCAGGUAACACCGCAGCGCCGCUCUCGCCCUCCCUGGCCUGUAAAAUGUGUGUGUUCACACCAACGGACAGAGGGAUGGAUGGGCUGUGCAAUUCUGUGUGUGGUGGUGUGCCUACCGUGGGAUCUUUGAGGAAGUGCAGCAGCUGUUGUCUGUCGAGCCACCAGUGGUUGAUGGCGGCUGCUCGCUCUGUAGUAGCUGGCAGGGCGGCCUGCUGCUGAAUGGUGACGGUCUGCAGGAAGGUGUCGAGGUGCACCUCACUGCAGUAACCGCGAUUGAGCUGACAGGGGCGACAUAGACAGUGGACAGAAGACACAUAGCUACAUACAAGAAUGGCUGGGUGCGUGGGCGGGUGGGUGUGGCUCACCUGUUGGAAGUUCUGGGUGUAUCUCGGCGUGACGUCGACGCAUCCUUCCUCACUGACGGCGAUGAUGUAGGUCAGCUUCUUGCCCCAGCCCUUCUCGUACAGCAACGGCCGGUCUGCACAGACAGACAGAGAGACAGACAGACCUUGACGCACAGACAUCAUGGGCAGGCUGUCUAAGUCUCGACGAAGAGAUUGCUGACCGACCUAGACAGUUUUCGCAGCAGUCUGCAUGCACCCAGCGCUUCUCGGCAUCGUCCCAAACCUCCACCCACACAUGAUCUGCACACACGCACACAUGCGUCCAUCUGUCCAUCCACCCACUCAUGUGGGUGCGUGUGUCGCAUACAAAAAACGAUUCACUGACCGGUGUAGUCAUUGACGAGUCUGACGUGGUACCCCAGCGCCUUGACGAUGAGCGUAAAGCAGUUGGCCCACUCGCCGCACCGCCCUUUCCGCCACGUCAGCAGCUUGACCGGAUUGUUGUACCUUAUAGACAGACAAAGGAAACACGAGAAACACUCAUCCAUCUAUCAUUCCUGUCAUCCCAUCCAUGUGUGUUGCCGUGACGUCACCUUGGGAAUCGCGUAGUGUGGCCGCAUGUCAAUGCCUGGCACUUGUGCAGCUCAGUCCUCCCCGCCCCGCCCUCCAUCCUCUCAACAGCGGUCGGCUCGGUCGCACCAGCAGAUGCCGUCUUGCCUCCGCAGCGCUCGCACGGCAGGGUGUUGACCCAGGAGAAGAAAUCCUUCUUGAACCACUCCAGGAGAGCCUUGAUCAACGCCAGCUGCUGGGAGAGCUCUGCGUGGGUGAGAAGGGGAUAUUUGGAGACUUUUGGACGAUGGGAGGGAUUUGCCUGGCUUCUCACCUUGGGCGAGUUCUUGCGCACGUUCCCUCAGUCGCGCCAGAGGAAUGACACUCAAUGCCUUGGGGAGGCGGACAUCACAGCCACAAACGCAAACACAUCCCCAUCCACAUCAACAGUCAUGCACGCAUCAUCGGGCUGCCUGACGUACCGCCUGUUGGUUGUCCUUGUUGAGGUAUUUGUUGACGAAGGACCGCAGGUCGCCUUGCACGCGCCGGUGCAGCUGUUCGGCGGGCUCGGACACCAUGAGUGUGCUCUUGGCCUUAUCCCACUCUGGCCAUUCGACACACAGGCGUGUGCAUCCACCCACGCCACGCCACCCCACGCAGCCACUCACCUUCGAACAUUCGACGCUCGAUAAGCGCCUGCAUGGUGGGAGAGACCUCUGCCGUCUCCUUGCAGCUCCUCUCAGCAAACAAACACGUACCAUCGGCAGCACGCGCACACCCACACCGGAACGAAGGGGCGAAUGGGUCUGGCUGUGGCGGGGGGGCGUCGGGUUGCGUCAUGGCGAGCAGCUGGGAGCAUGUGGUGCCGCACGCCCAGCAGAGGAUGGGGGAGGUGGGGGAGGGGGAGAGGCGGUACGCCCGCUGGAGGGUAGGGGUCUUGAUGGUGAUGCUCGAGCAUGACUCCUGCCACAGGGAGGGGUCGAGUGGAUCCGUCGGCGCCACGCACCCCUCCAGCGAGACGACCGCAUUCUUAUCACUCGUCUGGGCGCCAAAGCCAAGCUCGAGCAGCGAUGUCCUGCACACAUUCACACCAGACAAAGGAACCACUCCAUGACUGAGAUCCGUGUGUGUCAAUGGAUUGACUGCCUCUCUGUGUGUGUCGCCGUACCGUUGCUUGAAUGCGGGUAGGUCGACUGAGAGCGGUUCGCCAGUGAUGGGAUGCCGAAGCAAGAGAGGUUUGUCCAGUCCACUCGAUAGACACGACUGCAGACACGCGCUGCAGAACCAGACAGACGGACAGGCGUCCUCUCCUUCGUUUCCACUCUUCCUUCUCUCCUUACGUCAGAGUCUCGAAGUCCUCCGACAGCUCAAUGGGCACAGAAACACACUCGCUCUCCGGCUCUCCCUCGCCCUCGGUGUAUAUGUUCGCCUCCACUGUGAUCUCUUUGUGAACGACGUUGGAGGGCAGUUUCUCCUCCAUCCCUGAAAGGCUGAUUUUUUUCUUCGUACUGUGCGAAUACGAAGGAUAGAUAGG